AUGUUUUGUGAUGUGAAGAAUUUAUCUGUGGAUGAUCUGGUGGUUAGACUGCGUGUUGCCGAGGAGAGAAUGGAAAAGAAGGUGGAGCAGAUUACUGACAAGGCCGGCCGGUUGCUCCUUGCUGAAGAGGAUUGGCUUGAGAAACACAGGCAUCGUUUCCAUUCCAAUCAGAAAGAGGGAGGAAGCAGUGGUGGUAGUCAGGGAAAAGGCAAGGCACCAAGUCAUGCAGAUGCAAGUGGCUCUGCCAAGACUGGUACUAUCAAGCUCACCUCUGAAGGAACACCGAGAAGAAAAGGUAGAUGCAGAAAUUGUGGGAUCUAUGGGCAUUGGGCAGAGGACUACAAAAGGCCUAAGAAACAGAAGAAAGAAGAGAAACGUGAGGAGGCCAACGUAGCCGUGGUCGGAGCUGAUCACAAUCCAGCUUUGCUCCUGGCUGUGGCUAGUGGUGUCUCACAACCAUCACCCGAGGUGGUCCAUCUGUCAGAGAAGAAGGUGAUUCCGGUGGCAUGCCCAGAAGGGGUGUGGGUAUCACUGAGAGAGCUUGGCAGAAGAGACGUGGUGUCUGGUAUGCCUAUUGUAGACCGAGUGGAGCAAGUCUGUGACAGCUGUGUUAUGGGAAAGCAGCACAGAGCUCCAUUUCCAUGUGUCUCUACAUAUCGUGCAGAGAGGGGUCUAGAGUUGUUCCACACUGAUUUAUGUGGUCAGAUUAGUCCACCAACACCAGGUGGCAAGUCGUAUUUUCUGUUGAUUGUUGAUGACCAUAGCAGGUUUAUGUGGGUUGAGAUGCUCAGAUCCAAAGAUGAAGCAUUGCAGUAUUUCAGAAAGAAAAUUGGCCCUGGGAUCAAGAAGCUGUCUGACAGAUCACAGAGAAUGGUUUUUAUUGGUUAUGAAGAGGGAACAAAAGGCUACAGGUUGCUAGAUCCUGUCACAAGGACACUUCACAUCAGUAGGGAUGUUAUAUUUGAAGAAAAUUUGGGUUGGGAUUGGAAUAAUGCAGAAUCUCUUAACCAGCCCGAGUUUGUCAUCACUGAACAUUCAAUUACUGUCGGUGGUCCGACAACAGAAUCAGAGGCAGCAGAUUCAGUGCCCAACAGUCCUGCUGUUGGUUCUCUUGUGGGAAAUCAAUUCCAACCAUCCUCUGCAGAUACUCAAGGGUCAACAAGUGUCCACACACCAGAUGCACAAACCCCACCUGCACAAGAAGUCAAUCAGUGGGCUACACCACCUCAAGGAUUAGGGAGGUGA